AUGGCAAUCGUCCAUAACACUUUCAUCAUCACCAACAGUAUCGUCCAGCAAAAAAUUAAACCACCAACAAAGAAAUCAACCGCCAGUCACCACAUAUCCAUCUCUUUUAAAUGCUGCGAGAAAAGAAACUGCAACAACAACAACAGCAACAACAACAACAGCAACAACAACAAUAAUAACUACAAUAAAACAUUACAAAAUCUACAUGGUGAAGACGACGACGAUGAUAAAGAUAAAGAUGAGGAUGAAGAUGGAGGUGAGGAUGAUGAUGGUGAUGAUGAAGACGACGCUGGAGGUGAUGAUGACGAUAGUGAGGAUGAAACUAAAGUGAAGAUGGAACGAAUAGUGACCUGGUUGGGCCAAAUAUCAUGCCAUGACCUCACCGAAAGAAUUUCAACUCCAGUCAUCGAAGACAUCAUGCCACAAAAAUUCGAUACAUCCAUUCACGUGAAAUACGUUGAAAAACAAUUUGACGGCUCUUCUGAUUCUUGCAACAUCUUGAGAUAUUAA